AUAUAUUUAUUUUGUGAGCACAUUUAAAAUGUAUUAAUGUGACAUCAUUAGAUAUUUAAUGAGCAGGUUAACGGCUCUGUGAUGACGUCACCACUUGACUGCAAUGACCCGGAUCAGCGGGUAGCGCGUGCUGCUCGCUCAUUCAUUAUCAAACACACACCGGGCGCGUGGAGCUAAAAAUAAAUAAACAAAUAAACGAGCGCGAGGAGGCCACGACGACAAUGAUAAUGUAACAAUGUACCGCGUGCGCGCACCCGCACCCGCUCGUGCAACUGCUCGCGACACAGAAAAUAUACCCACCUCUUCUACUACCGUUGCCGUAGUUACCUAGCACGAGAGACCAGUGGGCAGGCAGAAAGGAAGGAAGGAGGGAGGGGAGAGAAGCGAGGAAGGAAGGAAGGAAGGAGGGAGGAAAAAAAAAAAAGAAGGAGGGAGCGGAAUUAGUCAGUGAUAGAGGGGAGGAGAGAGGAGGCGAGGAGGUGAGGUUGUUCUGCCGAAGGUGGACGUGGCGGGUCCCGCGGAGUUUAGCUACAAGUGACCGCGAGGAGGAGAACCAUGAACCGGACCACGCGCAGGUAACGGACCGGUAACGUAGGCUGGUCCCAGUCAGGUGUGGGUGGUGACAUCAUCAGUGACUCACUGUUGGAUUCCCAGAGGACACGUGCCCCCCCCUCUCAGGACAGGUAGAUUUCUACAGAGGAGGGCGGGACAAAGCAUCGGCGAUACGUCGUUAGCUCCGCCCCCUCAGCAUGACAGACUUGGAGGCCGACUGUUUGAGCCUCGGCCUCUCCCCUCCCCCCCCUCUGGACACCUCCCCCACGGAGGUCGCCGAGCCGCUGGCGAUGCUGCCUUGCGUGAAGAGCGAGCCGGAGGACCUGGACCUGGACCUGGAGCCCAUCCAGACUGUGGACCUGUCGGAGAUCCAGCCGCUGUCCACUGCCGAGCUGGGCCACGACCAGAUCAAGAUGGAGAUCAGCGGCCUGGACUACAUCAAGUCUGAGCAUCACCACGGGGACCACCACCACCACCUGGUCCACUUCCACCACGGGGACGUCCCAGAUCUGGACUACAAGUCCCACUACGAGCCCAGCUCCGUGUUCGACUACAUCUCACAGGUGACGGACACACUGGAGUACAUAAAGUCGGACCACCAUGUGGACCUUCAGUGUUACUACACCACCGAGCUGAGCUCCUUGAAGUGCGAGUACCCAGAAUCCAACACCACCAACGGCCUGGAGUCCAUCCACAUGGCCGAGCUCCGCACAGAGCUCAACAAGCUGCGGCCCGAGGCCCUGCUGAUGGACGGCAUGGGCAAGAUGGACCCCGAGUUCGCAGGCGGGGGGGCGUACGAGGCGCCGCCGGCCGAGGCGGGUUCGGGUCUGACGGGCAAAACACAGAACCCGACGGCGAGGAAGCCUCGCAACACGCAGGUGGAGAAACCGUUCUCCUGCGCGCAGUGCGGCAAGAACUUCAGCACGCUGGGGAACCUGAAGACGCACCAGAGGAUCCACACCGGCGAGCGGCCCUACAGCUGCUCGCAGUGCGGCAAGAGCUUUGGCCAGGCGGGCAACCUGAAGCGCCACCAGCUGAUCCACACGGGCCAGAAGCCCUACGUGUGCGCCCACUGCCCCAAGGGCUUCACCAAGGCCGACGACCUGCGGUCACACCAGCGGCUGCACACCGGCGAGCGGCCGUUCGCCUGCCUCGCCUGCGGCAAGAGCUUCGGCCAAUCCAAGGAGCUGAAGGCCCACCAGCUGAGCCACACGGGCGAGCGGCCAUUCUGCUGCCAGCACUGCGGCAAGAGCUUCAGCAAGGAGUCGGGUUACCGGAACCACAUCCAGAUCCACACGGGGGAGAAGCCGUUUACCUGCUCGCAGUGCGGGAAGACUUUCAGCAACUCGGGCGUGCUGAAGACCCACGAGAAGAUCCAUUCCGGCGAGCGGCCGUUCGGCUGCACGCAGUGCGGCAAGAGCUUCGGCCGCCUCGGCCACCUGAAGGCCCACCAGCAGAUCCACACGGGGGAGCGGCCCUACGCCUGCCUCCACUGUGGGAAGACUUUCAGCCAGUCAGGACACCUAAAAGCUCACGAGCAGAUCCACAAACGGGAGCGGGGAGACACGGCCGGCUCCAGUAGCUCCUCCCCCUCCCCCUCUGGCUCCUCCUCCUCCAGCAGCUCUAGCUCCUCCUCCAGCAGCGACAGCAGCUAAAAGAAACUCCUCCCCCUUUAACAAAAACUCUCGGAUAAACAAAGUAUUAUUCCUCUUUUUUUAUAAAUCCUAUAUAUAAAAGUUUCCUUUUUUUCUUACUUUUCAUACCUUUUGUGCUCUUUU